CUCCUGCUCCACUCUAGGAUUAUCUCGAGAAACCUUUUUUUUUUUUUCCUUUUUUUCCUUCCGAGAAAUUUUCCAGACAAAAACCUUGGCUCACUUCUGAUUUGCAGGAAAGCGUGAGGAAGACGAAAGUAGCCUCAAGCUUUUGCUCUGUUUUUUUACCAGAUUUUUUUUUUUCUUGCUAAACAAUAAAAGCCAAUAUUUCAAAGAUAUUUUCAAGAUAUUUCAAAAUGGGUGUGAAAGUAGCAACAAUCUCCACUUUCCAUCAAUGGGUGGCUCAUCCCAUAGUUCAUCAUUCCUCAUCUCUUUCUCAAACCCUAGCUUCCUCCGCCAUUUCAUCUUCUUCAAGACGACGUAGCACCGGAAACGACGGACGAUCUCUUUCUUGUCGCUCGGUUGUGCAGAGCCACCAGAGGCUGAAUCCUUCUUCUCUAUUCGGUACUUCUUCCACGAAUCUCCGGCACUCCAAGUCCUGUGAGCUCUGGGAAUCAUCGAGACCGACUAAAACAACUCAGCUGAUUCGCAGAGCUUUUAGCGGCAGCGUCGAUCCUUUCUCCGAGGAGGAAUUUUCGAGAAAGAUGCAAGAGCUAGCUCUCAAAUUCAAAGUCCCCAACGAAGAAGACGACGAAUCCGAGACAAACAUUGAUCCGGAGCCGAUGAGAAUGGACAUGGUAAGAAGUCAUAGUUUCAGGAUAAUGGAUGGUGUUGAUAAAUCGGAUUCAAUGGAACCGCCAUGGCCUGAGAUGUCGAACAUCGAGAGAAAAGCAAACAGCGUCGAUCUUCCUCUGUCCCUUCGGAUCAUAAAGAGAAAGCUACAGAUGGAGGAAGGAGUCAACCAAGUCGGCGAAUCAGCUUGCUGCUCGGUGAAAAGAGCCUUCUCGUCAAUGGUGUUUAUGAUCCGAGAACUCCAGAGCUUCACACUGCACAUGAGAGAGCUUCUUCUCUUGGAAGAUUUGCAAGGGAUUCUCCAUCGCGUGCGAAAAGAAAUGCACGCGUCGUUCGUUUGGUUGUUCCAACAAGUUUUCUCUGCGACUCCUACUUUGAUGGUCUCGGUUAUGAUCCUUCUCGCUAAUUUCACGGUUUACUCUAUUGGCACCAACUCCGCAUUUGCCGCCGCAGCAACGCCUCAUCCUCCAACAGCCACCGUCUCUUUCAUCUUCGAGACGACGGAGGUAAGCGAAACACAGGAACCGAACAAGAGAUUCGAUUCCUCUAUGGUACAGACAUUCUCUGUUUCUUCUCCCAACGGGAAAACAUCUUUCAUCGGCGGCGGCGGCGGCGGCGGUGGAAACAACAUCCCGCCGGUACAAAGCGGAACGGACGGCGAUGGAUCUGAUAGAUUCAGAAUACCAUCUCAAUUUUCAUCUCUUGACGCAACAAGUGCGGAUUCAAAUGCAUCGGUCUCAGGGCAAGAAGAAAUCAGACUGUGGAACUCGAUCUUGGAGGAAACAGAGAAAAUGGAAGCGUUGGAUCACGAGACGAUGAAGCAGAUGGUGUCUCCGGUGGAGGCACGGUUAGAAGCAGAGGAGUCAAUGGAUUACUUCAAAACGGAGCUUCUUUACCAAACGGGAUUGUCUCAGCAGCCUGAUAACGUUCUUCUCCUUGCUAAUUACGCUCAGUUUCUCUACCUAAUCAUCCAUGACUACGACAGAGCAGAGAAGUAUUUCAAGAGAGCAGCAAAAGCAGAGCCAGCGGACGCGGAGGCGCUGAAUAAAUACGCGACGUUCUUGUGGAAAGCAAGGAACGAUAUUUGGAGAGCAGAAGAAACGUUCUUAGAAGCAAUCUCUGCAGAUCCAGCAAACUCCUUCUACUCUGCCAAUUACGCACAUUUCCUUUGGAACACCGGUGGUGAUGAGACGUGUUUCCCUCUUGACGCUCCACCGCAACAGAACACCACCUAAAAACAGAGCUACCACAACAUUUGUCUAUGUACAGUGUGUUUCUUUUAUACAAAAACUCAUGUCAUGUGGCAACUUUUUGUUCUGUAAAACAAACAAAAAACUUUUGUUUCUAAAUUCGUACAUAUUUCAAAUUUUUAUUCAUUUCUUGUUAU